AUGGGGAGUUUAAUAAUAGAAUCACCUCUUGAGACCAAAGAUAAUCUAAAACAAAUGCAACCACCUCUUAAAAUCGAAAAUACUCUAAAGCAAGUCAGUGUGGUGUUUCGUCAUGGCGAUCGUACUCCAAUUUUACCACGUGAGACCUAUCCAAAUGAUCCUUAUAAAAAUCAUACAUUCAGUGAUGUACCCUUUUCUAUAUUAACUGAGAGUGGAAAACAAAGAGCUUACAGAUUGGGAAAAUAUCUCAAAACCACGUACAGUAAAUUUUUAAACAAUAGAUUUACACCAUACACAGUUGAAGCUCAAAGUACAAAUGUUAAUCGAACAAAAGAAACUCUUAAUUUUGUACUAAAGGCUUUAAAUUCUGAUAUUACGUUUCCAGAUAUAAUUACUAAGCCUGUAGACAACGAUUCUCUCCUAAUACCUUGUGAUCAAUAUUUUCUAGAUUACUUGAAAAUAAGUGCAGAAUUUAAUAUGAGGUUCGAUCAGAAAGUACAAAACUUUACGAGUGUUUUAUCAAACUUUAUUGGAAAAAAUAUUACUUCUGUCGGUCAAUUUCAUUCAUUGUAUUCAACAUUAGAAGUUGAAAAAUACCUUAAUCUUACAUUACCAUCAUGGACUAAGGACUUCUUUCCCGAUGGUACCUUAGUAAUGGGAUGCGGAUUGUCGUAUACAUUCUUUAACUACGAUGACAAUAUGAAGAAACUUAACGGAGGAAUGCUGAUUAGAAAAUUUAUAAAUGACAUGCUAGCUGUAAAAAAUGAAGAGAUGGGAAAUAAAUUAUUCCUCUACAGCGCACACGAUGUUACUGUUGUGGCCGUUCUGAAAGCUCUUGGAGUUUACUUUACUCAUGUACCAAAAUUUUCAAGUGCAGCUAUUCUAGAAUUGCAUCAAAUUAAGGAAGAUUAUUUUAUCAAGCUUGUCUACUAUUUAGGUGUACCAGAAAAAACAAUGGAUUUAACAAUUCCAAAUUGUAAAACUAUGUGUCCUUUAGAGGAUUUCAUUCGUUUAGUGGAAAAAGUUCUACCGCAAGAAUUGACCUACUCUUGUCCUCCAUUCGAGUUGAAAGAAGAAGAUUUAAUUUAUGAACAAGAACUUUCGAAUUACAUGAAACUAUUGAAAUUAUCAUUAUUAUUACAAUUGCUUUCAAUAUCAGGUGAUACAAACAAUCGCAUAGCAAUAAUGCAUCCUUUGGUUACCACUUUUUACAUAGUAGGGAAAUUAAUAGUGCAAUCACCUCCUGAGACCGAAGAUACUCUAAAAUUUGCCAGUGUGGUAUUUCGUCAUGGCGAUCGUACACCAAUUUUGCCACUUGAAACCUAUCCAAAUGAUCCUUAUAUAAAUCAUACAUUCAGUGAUGUACCCUUUGCAAUAUUAACUGAGAGUGGAAAACAAAGAGCUUACAGAUUGGGAAAAUAUCUCAAAACCACCUACAGUAAAUUUUUAAACAAUAGAUUUACACCAUACACAGUUGAAGCUCGAAGUACAAAUGUUAAUCGAACAAAAGAAAGUCUUAAUUUUGUACUAAAGGCUUUAAAUUCCAAUGUUACAUUUCCAGAUAUAAUUGCUAAGCCUGUAGACAACGAUCCUCUCUUAAUACCUUGUGAAGAAUAUCUUUUAGAAUUUUUGAAAGUGCAAGAUAGAGUUAAAGGGAAGUACAGUGCGUAUUUUCAAAAACAUAUGAAGAGUUUAACAGAGUAUACUGGCAAAAAUAUUACUAGAGCCCUUGAUUUACAUGCUUUAUAUACAACAUUCGAAACUGAAAAAUAUCAUAAUCUUACAUUACCAUCAUGGACAAAGGUCUUUAUUACCGAAGGAGUCUUGGUAAAGGGAUGUGCAUUGUCGUAUACAUUUUUCAACUACGAUGACAAUAUGAAGAAACUUAACGGAGGAAUGCUAAUUAGAAAAUUUAUAAAUGACAUAAUAGCUGUAAAAAAUGGAGAAUUGGCAAAAAAAUUAUUCCUCUACAGCGCACACGAUAUUACUGUUGUAGCCGUUCUAAAAGCUCUUGGAGUUUACUUUCCUCAUGUACCAAAAUUUUCAAGUGCAACUAUUCUAGAAUUGCAUCAAAUUAAAGGAGAAUAUUUUAUCAAGAUUGUCUACUAUUUAGGUGUACCAGAAGAGACAAUGGAUUUAACAAUUCCCAAAUGUAAAACUAUGUGUCCUUUAGAAGAUUUUAUUCGCUUAGUGGAAAACGUUCUACCGAAGGAAUUAACUCACUUUUGUUCUCCAUUAGAAUUGAAAGAAGAAGAUAUGAUUUAUAAACCGAUACUUUCAAAAUUCAAGAAAAUGUUUGCAUUAACCCUUACAUAAGAGACUGCUGCAUUCUUAUAUCUGUAAAAUUUCUCAGCAAAUACCAAAUUGAACAAUAAACCAAAAUGAAUCAUAACUCGAAUUUGAAUUUCACGCCAUUUUAACGUAAAUUUCCGCCAGAUGGCAAAUAAACUCUCUCGCAAACGAGAAACUUCUGGAUUGAGUAUAAAUAUUACCGACUAGUCGAGAACGAAUUAGAUUAAAUAAAUUCGUAAAUCAAGUUUAAAAAGAAACUCCGUAUCUACCGACAACCAACAUUUGUCUACAUAAGUUUAAUUAUAUUUUUAUUUAUUCUAUAAAAUGAUAUACUGUAAAUAUUAAUAAAUAUUUUAUUGAAUUACUAUCUACUUGAACUACUAUUAUCAUGUACAGAAUAAUUAUUUCAAUUCAGAAUUUAUAAUAAAGUUUGUAUUUUUAAAGUAAUUUUUCUUUAAAUGUUUAAUUGAAUUGCAUGGAGAAAGUUCAACGCCUGUGGCGCUCGUCACAUAAGGAUCAUUUGGUAGGAGAAACCGACCCGUGUCAAUGCUGUGCUUACAAGAAUGCAAAUCACUUAAAAAAGCGUAUCGCGAUAGCUGGUCGUAUGCAUUAAUUCUUAUGAGCAGUAAUUCUAAAUUAGCCCUCGUUUUCCAAGAAACACAAAAAUAAAUGUAAAAAUAUUUACUGUGAUGAGAAGGAGGCAAAAUAUUACUUUGGCAACUAUACGAU